AUGGAAGAAGAGUAUGAGAACCGUCGUGUGAGGAGAUGGGAAGAGUUAGACACUGACAUCUUAGUCAGAAUCUUCCAGAAAUUCAGCGUCUUUGAGUUAACUUCCGGAUUAGCUCACGUCUGCAGUGGAUGGAGAGCUGCUUGCUGCGAUCCGAUUCUCUGGAAGACGCUUGAUCUGUCUCACAUGAGAUCUAGUUUCAUCAAGAUCCCCUUGGAGCCUUAUGUCUACGUCGAACGCCGCUCCGAUGAAGCCCUCACCAGGAUCCUGAAACUCUCCAUGAAUCUCAGCGGAGGAAACACAAGGACCUUGAUUUUUCACUUCAACUUGUUCUUGAGUGAUGAGCAGCUGACUUACACUGCAGAAAGGUGUCCAGGGUUGAGAAGGGUUGUUCUUCCGGCGUGGAACAGAAUAAAGAAGACUGGGAUAUGCAAAGCGAUAAGGAUCUGGAAAGAGCUCGAGUCGUUAACAAUGCCGAGCAUCGCAAACCCGCCUUAUCUCUUAACAGAGAUCGCCAAGAACUGCAAGAACUUCAAGGAGCUCAAGAUCAUGGGUCCGUUCGAGAUCUUCUUCGCCAACACGCUCAUCACCUGCCUCCCGAACCUCAAGACGCUCAGCAUUAGAUGCUCUGCGAUAAAGCGAGAAGCGCUCUUGAAGAUCCUCGACGGGUUACAGAGCCUUGAAGUGCUCAACAUAUCUCACUCUCACCUCGUGGAGGGGCCACCGCAGAGGAAAGUGAUUGUUAGGGAGCUGGACAAGACGAUAAUGGAGAAAGCGUCGAGGCUGAGGAAGUUCUUGACUUGUAUGGAGCAUAAGACUUGUGUCAUGUGUCAGAGGACUGAGAAUGAUGAAGGGAUUGUGAGGUGGUAUAAGUAUGAGGAAGGAGAGUGGAAAGUCGAUGAAGUGACUUCUCUUCAUCUUUGA